AUGGAUUGGAAAAGUACAAAAAUGAUUUUGGCAUCAGCUGCUGCUGUAGUAGUAGUUUCUCAAGUGGCGAAAAAACUAUGCAAAUAUAUUUUUAAUUCAAGCAAACAUACAGAAAAUGAGGUAGCAAAUGACGAUACGUGUAGUGAAGUUUUACAGAUAAAGAACCGUGAAAUUAAUGAUGUUAUUUUAUUUUCCGAUGACAUUGUUCGGCACACUAUUAGAAUUCCAACUAACAAAGAAAUAACAAUUUGUGAAAGUAGAGAACUUAAUUGUUUUAAGUUAAUCAAAUAUAUUAAAUCAGCGCGAGAAACUCUAGAUGUGUGUAUGUAUCUAAUAACAAGUACUGAAAUAACUGAACAAAUAAUAAGAUUAGGUCAGAAACAUGUUUUAGUGCGAAUUGUUGUAGAUAGUGAUAUGGCAUAUGCUCCUCCAUCACAAAUCAAAAGACUAGAAGAAUACAGUUUUAUCCAAGUCCAGACGAAUAAAAGAACAAUAUUAAUGCAUCAUAAGUUUUGCAUUGUUGAUGGUCCAAAAGCCAUUAAGCGAAAACUUUUAUUAAGAGCACACGCCGAGAAAUUAAAUGUGCAUGGACAUUUAACCAGGAAGUUUGCAAACCAAGUUCCGAAAAUCAAAAAUACAAAAGGUUUCGUAAUGUCUGGUUCACUUAAUUGGUCAACCCAGGCGAUGAUAUCAAAUCAUGAAAGUGUGAUCGUAACAUCUCAUCCGAACAUUGUGUCUAAAUUUGAAAAGGAAUAUGAAAGUUUAUGGGUAGAAAAUGAACCUACUUUGAAAUCAACAUGACACGCAACAUUACGAGAUUAUUUUGUAUAUAAAUAG